AAAUGAGCUGUGAUAAUUAAACAGAGGAAACGGAGAGAGAUGGAGAUGUAAUGUCAAAAGCCAAUUUAUAAUCUUCCUUUGGUCGGAAAAUUAAAAUAUUUAAUAUUUAAUGGCGGAAACUCGGUAAGUGUGAACUGUUUAACACGUCCUAAUUGGGUCCCACACGGCUGAUCCAGUUUCAUAUAGUGAAAGGAUAAGUACUUGCUGAUUCAUAUCCACGUUGGAUGAACUUUUCUAAAUCACUUAUUUUAAAAUUCUAUCCAAUUUUACUUUUCUUUUUAGUUUGCAAAUUUCUUUUUUUUUUUGGUAGGAUUUAGUUUGCAAAUUUCUUUAUCUUUAUGUCUUAAACAUUAGAGAAUAAUAUAUCCAAGUAUUUUUAAAAAAAUAAAUAAAAGGAAAAAUAAUGUCAAAAAUAACCUCUAGCAUAGUUGUUUAGUGUGAUUUCCAUACGUAUUUGAAAAAGGUACACAUGUGUUUCUUUUUUUGUCAUUAAAAUAAGUAUAUCACACAUUAUCUUUUCUUAAAAGUUCGACUUUUCACUUUGUCAAUGACAUGUUUUUAUUGUGCCUCUUGCUAAUAUUCUAAAGUUUUAUUUAUUUUUGCAGAGAUGUGAGCUUUCUUAUAACAUCAAUAGAAAAGUCGUUAUGUGAAAGAGCAUAUGAAGUUUGGUUAUAUGUUUCGUUCUAGACAAUACGCUGAAGAUCCUUGAUCACUAACAUAUACUAAUUAACUCUCGCCCAUUUGAUUAGAUCAUUAGAAUAAUACUGUGAAAUGUGAACCUCUCAAACAUAUUUAAAUAUACAAUGCUAGAUGUCAGCGAGGUUAUUUUAUUACGGGAAAUAAACUAUACUAAUAAAGAUUUAUUAAUAUUAUAAUACUUAAAGAGUGUCAGAUCCUAGUCAUGUUUAUGUACAUUAAACUUAUAUUAAUACUUUUUCCCUUUCAAAAUAGAGAAUGUUUUAAUGAGUUUUCGAUAUUUUAAAAUAGAUAAUGUUUUUAUAUAUUAAUGUAUUUUUCACUUUAUCAAAAACUGUGUAACCAAUGAUAUUUUGUAGUUUAUUUUGCGAUUGGUUAAAUAACUUUUAAUUUCUAUUUUAAUGAUAUUUUAAAGAUAAAAAAUAAGUUUCUUAAUAGUUGUGCACAAACCUAAAAUUUCAUAUAUUUUGAAACAGAGAGAGUAUAAAAAUAUAUUUAAUCAGUAACACUCAACAGGCGAUUCAGCUAUAUAAAUGAUGAGUUCAUCUAUCUUUAGUUUCUUCCAACGAGAUGAUCGUUAUGCGAUGAACUGAUUAUAAUCUAACGGUUUCACUCUACUUUUUUUUUCUUAAAUAAGUAUUUGAUUCACCAUAGUAUGCCAAUAAUAAUGUUUCAGACUUUCUGAGUAUUCAUUCGAUUACUAGUUUUUGUAAAGAGAAACAAAUCUAUAUUAGAGUGAAAUCAGAGCCGUGCUUACCCCUUGUUGAAAAAGGCAAUGGCCUUAGACCCCAUAAUUUUUAGUUAAUAUUUAGGGCCUCAUUUUGUAUAUAAAUGCAUUAGUUAGUGUUAUAUAUGCUUACAUACAUACUGCACAUAAAAAGUUUGGUUGUAUAUUUCUUUUUUUUCUAGAAUUUAGUUUGGAUUCUCUUUUUAGAUUUCAAAUAUAAACAUAGUCACUACAUCUACUAUUUUAGUUUUAUGUGAACAUACCAAAAUCUUAAAUGGAAAUAUCAUUUGAGAAAAAAACUGCCUCAAAUGUUGUCAAAAGAAAAAAAUUGCCUUAGGCCCCUGAAAACGUUCGCACGACACUGAAUGAAAUUAUAGGAAGUUGUAUGUAUGUUAAAAGAAAAUCUAUGUAUUAUCUUUAGUAGAGUUAAAUGUGGAUAUUACGUCACUUUUGUGUUAAAAAAAAGAUAUUACGUCUCUUCAAACUUUGCUAAAAGUAUCUUCAAUGCAUGGUUUACCUCAUUUUUUUCUUAAAAUAAGGUAAACUUACAAUAUGUUUGUAUUUUACUCCAGUCAUUUUUUUCAUUUUUCUGCAAAAAAUAUUUCAAAAAUAUUAUAUUACUAUUACAUAUUAUUAAUUCUGAAAUGCUUAUGUAAAACUUACAAAUUUAUCCAAAUAGAAUUUCAAUUGAACUAAAUCUUCACUAUAUACAUAAGUUUAGUUUCAAAAAUAUAUAAUGAUUUAUUUAGUUAAAAUUAUAAUUAAUUAUUAAAGUAUUAAUAAUUUCUCCAAAGUAUAAAACAUAAAUAUUGAAUCUUUUAGAUAUAAAGAAAAACUUUAUAAAAGUGUAAGAACUAAAGUGCAUCAUCAGAAGAUUCAAUAUAUCUAAAAGAUUAAAGCUAUUCAUAAAUUGGAGAAAUACUUUAUGAAUAAAAAAACUUAACAUUAAAGCUAUUCAUAAAAUUAUUUUUUCAUUCAAAAUAAUGCAUCAUCAGAAGGACCAUUGGAGAUGGUAAAAAAGACAUUUAUGAAUAUUUAAUAUUUCAUUUAAAACAUCUUCUAUUUUUCUCACACAUACAUAAAAUCUCUUUUGACCGAGAAUAAUAUAGUUUUACAGAAAUAACUUUAUUGGCCAUAUAGUUUUGGCAAUAAAUUGGUGUAUCUGAAAAAAAAAACCCAUCAUAAUGUAUUGACCAAAAAGAUCCUCAUAAUAAACUUAAUUAUAUGGAAAGAAAUCUAAUGUUCUUACUCGAAAAAAAUAUGCUCUUUAAGUUGGAGUCUACAUCUUGUUUAAAGUUUUUAAAUAGAUAGCAAAUGUACCGAUUAUUUUCAAAAAUAUAUCUCAAAGAAAGACAAGUUCAAAAGAAAACCAGAAAACAUAAAAAGAUGGAGAGGAUAACUCCAGUUGUAUUACUCGUUAGCUUACUUAUCAUGUUUGCAUCAGUUGUGAAUCAGACCAGAGCAAACACCUGUGCCGACGGACUAGGCACUUGUGAAAACUGCGACGAGAGAUGCAAGGACAAACACGGGCCAUCAAGUGAAAACAUCUGUGACCGCUCUCUUGUGAUGCCUCUGUGCAUGUGCUACUAUCAAUGUGCAGAUCCCACACCGACUCUGUCUCCACCCAAGAUUUGCAAUGGUGGAGCUGGUUUAUGUAGUGCAAGGUGUCCCGGAAGUUGUUGUGAUACUAACUGCGCACAAAAGUUUAAGGGUGGACAUUGAUUUUGUAUCACCCUCGGUACUUUUAAUUUGUGCCAAUGUCAGUACCCUUGUUAAGGCUGGUUUACAAAAUUGCAAACAAUUGUGUUUGAUUAUUAUUAACUUAAAUUCAGCAAUGCAAUAAUAAAAUAAUACUCCUUAUUUACAAAGAAAUUUAACUAACUAUCAGCUCUUUCAAGAUUUAAGUAUGGAUAUUAAGUCCCUUCAAACUUUGCUAAAAACAAUUAUAAACACUCAAUAUUUCAUUUAUAAUUUUUCAGUUUUCACAGAUAUAUAUAUAUAUAUAUAUAUAUAUAUAUAUAACAACAUUUUUAUACUAUACAAUUUAUAAUUCUAACAUAAAAUAUAGAUUAUGCCUAAAAUAUCAAAGAAAAAUUAUAACCAGAAAAAUAGUUAAAUUUUCAAGGAAUAAAGAAUUAAAACAUCCUCUAUUUCUCUCACACAUAACAUAAAAUCUCCUUUGACCAAAAUAAUAGUUCUACUGAAGUAACUUUAUUGGUCAUAUAGUUUUGGCAAUUAAUUGGUGUUAUGAAAAAUAUGAUCAUAAUAUAUUGACCAAAUACCAUCAUAAUAAAAUUUACAUGGAAGGAAAACUAAUCUAUAUAUCUAUCUAUCAAACAAGUAAUAAAAAGGAAUAAGAGCCUCAGAUAGACUGUCCAUGUCAGAUGGAAAAAUCACCCAAUGAGGGGUAUGAUAUUGCCACAUCGCCAUGACUGAAAUAGAGUGGAUUUUCAUAUUGGUUCUUUGAAAAUUAUCAAAUAGGCCCAUUCCAGCCAGUGUAGGAAAAAGACAAAAAAUCUGUAUUGUUUCACGCCUCAGUUUUUCUCCCGACUCUUCCACUUCAUCUUCUUUGAUGUCUGAAUUUUCUUUUGUGUAAUUUUCUUAAUCAAUGAUGAUCUUAAAACCUUUCUUUUGAAUGUUUUUUUCCACCUUCCAUUGAUCCGUCUCCUAUAUAAAGAUCUACGUCUAAACCUAAAUCACCCUAAAUCAAAACCUACUCGAAGCUACAUCAAUGGUCAUGAAUGAGGGGGUAAGAGCGACUGAAGUACAAUCGCAUAGUUUGUUUGCCGAAACCAAAAAGGUAAAUGGAACGUAGAUUACUCAUCUCAUAUUGGAAUCUAAUAAUAUGAAAUUGUCCCUUUCAUUUAGUUUUUCCCUUUCAGUUUCAUUGUGCGAAGAGGUAGAGAUUGAAACAACAUUUCGAGAGGUAUGUCGUUCUCCUUUCAUUUAUUCUAUGUUUUUGUUUACCACUCACACACCUUUCUAAAUCUAAGAGCCAUGUGACAGAAACCAUUUAAACCAAUGAGCAGAGCCACAUGAGAACACCACUGCUGAAAUUGCAAGAGCUAAUGACAAGUCUGGAGAAUUAACAUAGAUUUUUUUAUGUUGAAUAAUUUGACCCAAAAGAGCCGCAUAUACUGAUAAUUUUUGAACAUCACAAAAUCCCUGUUGCUUCCUUUUUUAUUUUCUUGGCUUAUCUUCCUUCCUGGGAAAAAUAAAGUUAUUGUGUUUCCAUAUUGUUUUUCAUGCUUUGCAAAUAGUCAAUAAGGAGAGAAAAUUUUAUACAACAGUUCCUAAAAAAUUGCUUUGAUUGAGUUUCAUAUGUGAAGUCAUGGCUCAUGGGCAGUGGAUGUUUCAUAACUAACAGACAAGGGUUAUAUUCCUUGCUGGAACAAUUCGUGUAUAGUGAGGAAGCAUACCAAUAAUGAGCAAGGGAUAAGGCUGCGGAAAUUGCUUGCCGAGUCAUUCUUUCUGCUAAAAAACGGAGCAAGAAGGCGAGUGAUUGUCUUAAGGUUUUGGAUUCAGAUUCAUGGUGGCUAAAGAGUCAUUUCGUAGAAUAUGAAGUUGUUGUUGAUUCAAAAGGCAAUGUUGUUUACGAGGUAAAUAUUGGAAAGUUGUCAAAUUUUCUUUGACACUUACACUCUCCUGCUUUGCAUGAUUAUCUCAGUGUUUGGUAAUUGAAAUGUGACUGCUUAUUAGAUUUUAGUCGUGUCCAUGUUGGCGCCUUGGUCAUACAGAAGAGCAUAUGUAAUUGAGCUCCAGUGUCACAGUAGCAAAGUUUGUUUGUAUUGUGUUUUGAGGACAUGUGUUGAUGUUGGAGCAAUAUUAGUGGAACCAUGUCAGAAACUGAAGAUUUGUUCAGUAAGUUUUACCUCCAUCUUUGUAUUACAGAUGUCUUGGUUAUUUUAUGUGUUUAAGAGUUUAUCGGUGAGCUUUGGCUAUAGCCUAUAGAUUCUGAAUCUUCUUUUACAUUCUGGCUGGAUAUGCGGUGCAUGUUCCAGGAGAGUUUAGACUUCGUGUGUGUUUUGAAUGGGUGUUUAGACCUUAUGCAAGCUGAGAAUGUUGAAAAACUUAUUUCAGCCAAGUCUUCUUCUCCUGCAGAUGCUGCUUUGGAAGGGAUUCCCGCAUCCCUUUGCCCACCUUUUAAAGUAUAACUUAAACUUACUCAAAAUCCAUAUGUAUCUCCAUCUCAGUAUCAAUAAAUUCUUGCAUGCCAGCCUGAGCCAGUGAUGCCCACUUUGAAACUUCCUCAAGAAGAAUCAUCCGAAAAUUUUAACACUCUAUGGCUAUGUUAAAGUUCAAUUGGAAGGUCUUCAUUCUUUUUAAAGAUUGUAUCAACAUUUUAUUCUAUUUUACAAGCAAUAAUUGUCGAUCUUUUUCUUUUGUAAAUAUUCCGAUAUAUGACAUUAAGAACAUUCCUCCUUGAUUAUAUUUUCUGAUGUUAUGUUCGAAAUGGCCACUGUCCAGGUAUAUUUAAAAAGGUGACUAUACAAAAAGGUUACUUCUAUGUUACCAGAUUUCUUCUAUGUCAAUCUAGGAAGAACUUGAGAAAACUGACAUGCACUGGGAAGAAGUAGUAGCAGAUUCGCGUUGCAACACUGACUGGCAUUAAUAUGUGGACAUUGACUUAUCGAAAGAUCCCAAAGGGUAAUCAAUCCAUCUGUAAUCCCUUUUUAGUUUAUGUGCACCUAAUGUUUUAAAAACAAAUCGCAUAAUGAGCUCCAAAUAGGGGGUUCUGUGUGACAAUGAUUCAAACCAUUUAAUUUCUACUUUCUGUGUUUUUUAUGACAAAUAAUUUUAUUUUAAUAUAGAUGAAUUAAAUACAUAUUUACAACAUAUUUAAUAGCCAGAAACAGUUUAAAUUAUUAUUAUUUAAUUUCAAUGAAUCUCAGAGUUUUCCUGAAACCCUAAAUAAAUAAAAUAAAGAAUAUUUGAAUUGUAAAUAAGGCUCACUUAUUAUUUAUAGUUUUCUCAAUACAAGAAGUUAAAUUUGAUUAAUGAUUUAUAUUUUAUAAUCAGUCAAAGCAUAUAUAACAUAUAUAUUCAAAUACCAAAUUAUAAUGAUUUAAUUUAAAUUAUGACGUAAAGAAGAAAAUCCGGGCGUAGCCCGGGACAAGCCCUAGUCUAUCCUAUACUAAAAGGGAGAUAUGCUCAAUAGAGAGGGUGUCCACGUCAGCCAAUUAAAUCAACCAAUAAGAAAAGAGUAAACUACCACGUCAUACACCUUGGUCGACUGAAGAUGUUAUUGCGCAUUCCGUUUGGGCUGUAACUACAAAAGCUGAAAUUCAAUAUAUUUUUUUCUACGGCCCAAUAUCAAGCCCGUUUUUGCCUAACCCUAAUCUCCACUCGAGAGUUGGGACUCCACAACUUUUCCACUUCGUCUUCCCCAGUUCUUAUGUAACUCCGUUACACCGUUACCGCCAGCUCCUCUUCAUCAAUCAACGAUGUCUUUAACCUCUUCAUUAUUGUUUCAUUCUAUCUCCUUCUCUUUCUCCUCAUAUAUAAAUUGGUGCCAAAUCUUCAUCGAUACUUUUUUUUUUGACAAAACUUCAUCGAUACUUACUUCAAUGUAAAUAGUUCAAUGCAUAAAAUCUCAAAUGAAAACAACCUGGCAAACAAUUUCUUUCUCUUUUAGAGUUUUGGUUUCUCUUUAUAUUAUUUUUAAUCAUUCUUUUAAAGUAACUCUACAAAGAGCGACCUGUCCAUGAAUGAAUAUUUUAUGCUUUUGUUGAUCAUCAAAGUGUAGCAUAGUCGCGAUGGGAUUUGUUGUCUACAUUGUGAAUAAGUGUUUUUAUUUCAAGUGGUGAUUAAAUAUUACUGUUUUUUUUCUGCCAUAUUUAACUUAUAUUCUUUUUGAACAACGGUGUAGAUGUUACACGAAGCUGGUCAGUGGACAGUCUCUAAUUGACCACCCCAUCCUCGACGAAGUGAAGAUAGCAAGAACCCGGCAUGUUAUGGGUCAUCUGCAAUCACAAGAUUAUGUGUUUCCUGUUAUUAAAAUCACGCCCUCUCCGUACUGCGCUUAACCCGUUAUUAAUAAACUUUUGCCUUUUGCAGGGGGCUGUUAUGAAGCUGUACCUUUGGGACCAGUCUGCAACAGAGUUCUGCAAGAAAUUUACAGCAUAUGUAAAUUAGUCACUACAGCGAACACAAAAUGUCUUGGAGGUAAUCGUUUAUCCCUUUAGCAUAAUAACCUCACUGAGAAUCAUAACAUUUAAUGUUUUCCAAAUUGUUUGUACUCGGUUUCUAAUGUGAUACUUAUUUGAUCAUCAUUGCGGAACCAUCUCUACUUCUGUUUAUAACGUUAGCUUGGAGAAUAUUUGUUCACUAUCUAUUUUAAAUUUAUAGAGCUCCAACUGGGAUAUUUAAGUUGGCUUUUUGAACUCUUUCUAUAAAUCAUCCAGCUUAUGCAAAACUGUGUUUUCUUCAAUCAAUAAGUUGAUCAUUGCUUCAUCGGUUGUGUUUGAUCACUCAUCUCCACUUUGUGUUAUAUUGCACACAAUAUUCUAUCUUGCCAAAGUGAAACCGUUUUUGAAUUUUCUAUAGAUUUUUCUUGACACGGGGGGCUUGAUCUUCUGCAAUACUUAUUAAUUAGUUCACACUCUCAUAAUGUUUUAUGCGUUGAGAGAAUGAAUUAUGUAUAUGAGAGUGAAUUUGUAUAUGUACCCUCAUCUUAGACAGGUACAUCUUAUACACACAUUCAUUUUCAAGUUGAUCAUAUAUACUACGUUGCCUCAUAACUACGAACUGCAUUAUUAGACACCGAAAGUUGAGAAUAUCGCAAGUACGAAAGUUGAGAAUAUCGAAAGUUGAGAAUGAAUUAUGUAUAUGAGAGUGAAUUUGUAUAUGUACCCUCAUCUUAGACAGGUACAUCUUAUACACACAUUCAUUUUCAAGUUGAUCAUAUAUACUACGUUGCCUCAUACCUACAUGCUGCAUUAUUAGACACCGAAAGUUGAGAAUAUCGCAAGUACGUAAAAAUAAAAAUGGUUGUAUUGCUCAUUUUGCUAAAAUAAUAAUUUACAAAAAAAAAUCUCACUUGCUGGAUCAUUGUGUUUGUGUAUUAACUUAACAUUGAUCGUAGAGACUUGGGUUGAGAGUUGGCCUUGCUGUAAUAGUUUUUUUUCCUUUUAUUGUGUGCCAUAAUGUCUAAAUUAACAAGAGUUUGAUAUAUGCAUUAUUAGCACAUAAAUGCAUGAAGCUAAAUAUAAAAGAAGUUUACUGAUCUUCACUUCCAGAACAUACUUGAGUUGUCGUUUCUCUCAUUUACAGGGAUCAAUUCCUUAUGUCAUGUUUUUGAACAUUAAUGUGAACGUUUUGGGUAUAGUGCUGAGCAGUUAUGGUCAUUUAGAAAGUUUCUAAUGGGGUCCAUUGACUGAUUUAUAACAGAGUUUAUCCCCAAGUGUUACUUCAGAUAUCCCCUGAAUUUGGAAUACCAGGGGGAUUUGGUGUUGCAGUUGGAUUUUCCCGCUUCCGUUCUUUGAGUUACAAAUACUUGAAGUUGAGUAGCGGCAUGAGCUAGAGCAGAGUGAUAUGUGACCACAUAAAUUUUCUUAUACAUCUGGAAAACUAACAUGGUGACCCGAGGAAGAAGUGAGCCCAGAAGAGAAAAUUAAAGAUAUGCGAUACAAACCUGAAGUUUUGGUUGUGGCCAUCGUUCAACCCAUGGUUCGUUGACAUUUAGGACUGAGCAAAGUUUUAGUGUUGUCUUUUACUUCUGCUUUGGAUUGAAUGCUUAGAAGCUGCCUAAGUUUCGGGGAUCUUUAAUGUGUUAUUCUCUGAAGUAGAAAUUGAGUAAAAAUUUACUUGACAAAAGGCAGGGUUAGUGCUAUACAGUAUACCUUAGAAUAAAUUCGUAUGAACUUUCAGAUUUUGCAUUCGUGUUAAUCUUACUACUGCUCUUCUGCUCAGUUUG